GCUGUUCUUCUUCGUGGGUGGAGGUUGUUGCUUAGUGCCACGUUGAUGGAGGACGGUCCACUGUGGACGUGGAAAUCUGUCUCAGCCGCUCCGCUGUAGCCUCUUGUGUUUGCACAAACUACACAAAUCCUUCAGCUAAAACGAAAGAGGAAGCUGUAGGAGUGGAGGCUUGUGUUUACAAUUUAUUUUAUGUGACCGUUCAUGUGGAAAGAAGAGAAGCAUGAAACUUAAAGAGGUCAACCGCACAGCCAUCCAGAGCUGGAGUCCUGCACUGCAUCAUCCAAUUUACCUGGCAACAGGAACAUCAGCCCAACAGCUGGACGCCUCCUUCAGCACCAAUGCCUCCUUAGAGUUUUUUGAGCUGGACUUGGCUGAUCCCUCUCUGGACAUGAAGUCAUCCGGCACAUUUUCAACCCCUCAUAGGUACCACAAGUUGGUUUGGGGUCCAUAUGGAUUGGAUGGCAGUGGUCACCCAUCAGGGGUCCUUAUUGCAGGAGGUGAAAAUGGCAGUGUCAUCCUGUAUGACCCCGCUAAGAUAAUGGCGGGAGGAAACGAUGUCAUCAUCACUCAGAGUGAAAGGCACACGGGGCCUGUUCGGGCGCUCGAUGUUAAUCCAUUCCAGACAAACCUGAUUGCAUCAGGUGGGAAUGAGUCUGAAAUCUAUAUCUGGGACAUGAAUAACUUCAGCACUCCAAUGACCCCAGGACCUAAAACUCAGCCUCUGGAGGAUAUUAGCUGUGUGGCCUGGAACAGACAGGUCCAACACAUCCUGGCAUCUGCUAGCCCAAGUGGCCGAGCAUCAGUGUGGGACCUGCGCAAGAACGACCUCAUUAUUAAAGUUAGCGACCACACCAACCGCAUGCAUUGCUCUGGACUGGCUUGGAACCCAGAAGUGGCAACUCAGCUGGUAGUGGCCUCGGAAGAUGAUCGCAUGCCUGUCAUCCAGAUGUGGGAUUUACGUUUCGCUACCUCUCCUCUCAAGAUUAUAGAGAGUCACACACGCGGCAUUCUGUCUAUCGCAUGGUGCUUGGCUGAUCCAGAGCUGCUUCUGAGCUGUGGGAAGGACAACAGGAUUCUGUGUUGGAAUCCAAACACAGCAGAGGUGGUGUACGAGUUGCCCACCAGCAGCCAGUGGUGCUUUGAUAUCCAGUGGUGCCCCAGGAACCCUGCAUUGCUGUCAGCUGCAGGCUUUGAUGGUCACAUCGACAUCUAUUCGAUCAUGGGAGGCAGCAGCCAGGCCCAGAGCCAGAGACACGCUGACCAAAUCAGUAAUUCAUUUGGGAACAUGGAUCCUUUUGGGACAGGUCAGACGCUGCCCCCGCUGCAGCUGCCGCCGCCGGCUGCACCUCUCGCUGCAGUCAGUCCUCUGAAGAAGCCUCCUAAGUGGAUCCGGAGACCCAUCGGAGCUUCGUUUGCUUUUGGUGGUAAACUGGUGUCUCUGGAAAAUGGAAACCUGAACCCUCAACAGCCUCAGCAGCCCUCUUCGCAUAUUGUGCAUAUUAGCCAGGUUGUUACAGAAACAGCCUUUUUGAAGCGCUCUGAUCAGUUGCAGGCCACACUGAGUGCAGGCAGCUUUGUGGAUUUCUGCCAGGCAAAGAUCAGUGAAGCAGAAAAUGAGUUUGAAAAGACAGUUUGGUCAUUCCUCAAGGCUAAUUUUGAGAGUGACAUCCGCAGCAAGUUCCUAGAACUUCUAGGCUAUGACAAAGAGAAAGUAGCAUUGAAGAUUUCAGCAGCACUUGAAGAAGAGGAUGCUGGCCAGCCAAUUUUGGACCUGCCUUCUCCUGCCAGCCUGGAGCCUUUAGCUGACCUUUGUCUUGCACCACCUCUUGAAACUCCCGAAGCAUCAUUUGAUGUGAUCGCCGCAGCCAACAUUCAGCCACCACCUGAACUGGACGUUCUCGACUCGAAGAGUAAAGAGCGUACAGCAGGAGACACACUUGAAGCAGAAGCAAACUGGGACGCCAUCAUACCAGAGAAUGAGGGUAUCCCCAUGGAUGAGACAAUGGCAACGAAGGAGGAGGAGGCCACUUGUGCUGACACCUCAGCUCCAGCUGAAGAGUCGGCUGAGAUCAGCACCCCAGACUCCACAGAAGGUAUCAGCCUCAGCAUCAGUCAAGACAUGGAUGGCCUCAUCAUACAGGCUCUGCUGACUGGAGACUUUGAGGGAGCUGUGGAGCUCUGUCUCCAUGACAACAGAAUGGCAGACAGCAUCAUUCUGGCCAUUGCUGGAGGGGCCGAGCUGCUCCAGAAAACCCAGAAGAAGUAUUUUAUGAAAAUGCACAGCAAGAUAACCAAGCUGAUUAGUGCAGUGGUGAUGAGGGAUUGGCAUGACAUCCUGAAGACUUGCGACCUACAGAACUGGAAGGAAGCUCUGGCUGCUGUGAUGACCUAUGCUCAGCCUGAGGAGUUCUCGUCCCUCUGUGACCUUCUUGGGAGCAGACUGGAAGCAGAGGAGAACCUCCAGCUGCAAGCCCAGUCCUGUCUGUGUUUCAUUUGUGCUGGAAAUGUGGAGAAACUUGUGUCGUGUUGGACCAGGGCACAGGAUGGACAUUCUCCACUCCGCCUGCAGGACCUGGUGGAGAAAGUGGUGGUGCUGCGCCGUGCUGUAGAGCAGACCCAACGCUGUGGUCCUGCUGCUGUUGGCAUCCUGCUGUCUGAGAAGAUGAGCCAGUAUGUCAGUUUACUGGCCUCCCAGGGCAGCCUGUCCACUGCCAUCACCUACCUGCCCGACAACACCAACCAGGUUGCUGUACAGCAGCUUCGGGAACGGAUCAGUCAGGCUCUGGGACUGCAGGCACCUUCAGCUCCAGUCCAAAUGCAGAGUAUUCAUGCACAGGUUCCCGCUGCUCAGACCCAACACGUCUCAGCCAUGUCGAGGCAUUCGUACGGCCAAGCACGUCCCCCGAUGGUGCCUCAGCCCACCGCAGCAGCUCCUGUGCCGACACCUGCUGCUGCUCCUCCACAGCAGCACUAUUACCAGCCAGUGAGGGCUGCCUCCACUGUUACCACCUGGAGUAACCAAACUCCUACAGCCCUCCCCAAUGUACCUCCUCCUCUUCCAGUAAGCUCCACUUCUGAGCAGCAGGUGGAGCCCUCAAACUCCAUGUAUGGAAUGCCACCUUGUGGUACAGCAGCUGCCCCACCGGCCUCAUCCACUCCAAUGUACAUGUAUUCCCAUCAGUAUCAGCCCUACCCCCAGGUCAGCCAGUUCUCACGUGGAGCUGGGGGGGCGCCCCCCUGUCAGCCUCUUCAUUACUCACCCGCUGCUCCUCUUCUUCCACCUCUUCAAGCACUCUGCACGUCCCCACCUCCACACCCACCUGGCUUUCUCUCUCAGUAUACACAGCCAGGUCCUCCACUCUAUCCCGGACCACCUCCUAGCAGCCAGUGCUUAUCCUCCAGCCCUCCUUCCCAUCCUCCUUUCUUUCCAUCCACUUCCUCACCCUUUUCUCCUCCUCCAUCCUCUGGAGUGUCUUUCCAGCAUGGCGGGCCAGGAUCUCCUGUGUCAUACACGCCGUUUCCUCCACCAGCCGGAGUCUCAGGGCCUCAGAACGGUUGGAAUGAUCCACCUGUCCUGAAAAAAGUACCACAAAAGAAGCAGGUUCUGGAUAACUACACUCCGCCUGCCCCCAUCACCGCCCCUAUUAUGGCUCCGUUGACUGGUGACCCUCAGGCCCAAUCAGAUCCUGUUUUAGCACCCCACGGUGCCAUGGUGCAGGGUCCAGACGGUGUCCACACCCCCUACUCAGGCAUGCAGCAGCUUGCACCUCUACCCAUGAACCCCUCAGGGCCAAAGACCAGUGUGGAAGGAGCACCGGGAGCACCAACGGGAGAUGUGAUACAGCCUCUGCAGUGCAUCUCUGCUGAGAAGGUCAUGAAGAAGCCCAUCCCUGAUGAGCACUUGGUCCUGAAGACCACAUUUGAAGGGCUCAUCCAGAAGUGCUUGAGUGUAGCUACUGACCCUCAAACGCGGAGGAAGCUCGAUGAUGCCAACAAACGUCUGGAAGCCCUCUACGACAAACUCAGAGAACAAACACUCUCUCCAGCCAUUGUAGGAGGACUGCAUAACAUCGCACGGAGUGUAGAGACCCGAUCCUAUACAGAGGGCCUCAACAUCCACACUCACAUCGUUAGCAACAGCAACUUCAGCGAGACGUCGGCAUUCAUGCCCGUACUGAAGGUGGUGCUGACGCAGGCCAACAAACUCGGGGUCUGAGUCGACAGAAGGUCACAACCACUCCCGAGUCUCAACUGGUUGAGGCGGCACGGAGCCGAAUAUCAGUGAGACACGUUAAAACCGUCGGCUGUUUGCUUCCUGCGGAGCUCCAAUUGACUCUCAGUGCAUAAAUACUUGACAAAGACUUCUGAGGUGGAUGAAAAUAAUUGUUUUCUGCCAUUAUGUUUUACACAGUUCAAACACAAGCCGUGUUCCCAGUGACACGUAGGGUGAAAGUCAGCUCCGAGUCCUGUGCAAACAUGUGCACACUUCACCUCAAAAGGGCUCCAGGAUAUUUUAUGACAAUACCACCUUAAAUGAUCAAAUUAGCACAAUGAACUGAUUUUUUUUUAUUCAUUUCAUUAAUAUGAGAUUUUAAUGUUAUUAAUCCUGAAACAUACUAAAUUCUCUGAAUUGACACAAAGUUGCACACAGUUCAGUUUGUUCACUCAUUUCACUACAGAUGUGUAAAAGAAAAAUAAAAGAACAUGAUUGGUUUACUGACUUUACAGGAAGCAAUGAAGAAGCAGGAAUGAAAAAAAUCAGCAGGGCAUUUUAGAAAAGUCAGACCUCUUAGCUGUGCCGGCAUUCUGAAUUAUAGUCAAUUAGGAAAAACUGUAUUGGCCAGAAUAUAAGAUCUGUGGGUUUUUGUUUCAUAAAAUAAAGCUGAAAAAUAUAGAACUGUCUUACAACCCCAUUUCCAAUGAAGUUGGGAUGUUGUGUAAAAUGUAAAUAAAAACAGAAUACAAUGAUUUUCAAAUCCUCUUCAACCUAUAUUCAAUUGAAUACACCACAAAGACAAG